AAGCCAGUCUCCAGCAAGCUAGCAAGCUCCGUAGUCGACCCACUACUCGAAACACCGUCGUUCUGUAGCGAAACAGCACCCGGCGUUCAGAUCGGCAAGGAUGGUUGAUCGUCUGUUCGAGGACAUAUUUCAGAUUCUGCGAUUGAACCCAGAUGGCAAAAAGUUCGAUAAAGUUACUCGAGUAGAAGCAAAGAGUGAGACUUGCGAGAUGUUCAUGCACCUGGAUGUGAAUUCAGAGGUGUAUCCGAUGAGGGAAGGUGAGAAAUUCUCAAUGGCUUUAACUUCCACAAUCAAUUUGGAUGGAACUCCUGAUACUGGCUAUUUCACUCAGGGCAAUCGCAAGACAUUGGCUGAUGAAUAUGAGUAUGUCAUGCAAGGGAAGCUUUUUAAGAUUUCAGAGGGUUCUAAACGUGAUCCAAAAGCGGAGGUAAAUGCUUCAUUUGGUGGGCUUUUGAUGAUGCUGAAGGGGGAAGCCUCACAAUUCAAGAACUUUGAACUUGACCAGAGGAUGUUUCUCCUCAUAAGGAAGCUAUGAAACACUAUGAUCGUAGCCAAACUAUAACUGCUGUGUGGCUUACGCUCUGUAAACUUGUGCUAAACCUUUGAUGUUUGGGAUUAAGUCUGGACUGAGUAUAGGUUUCUACGUGAACCGGUUGUUACUGCGUAAAUUCCAAGUGGUUGUAUGUAGACGUGAAAUGCUAUGACAUUGGACAGUUUAUGUUAUCAAAAUUAACUUCUUGGUGCAA